UGUCCUCUGCACUCUCUUCAGCAUCUCAGCAAACCCCAGAAGCCAACGUUUCAGUAUUUCUGACUCCAAAACUCCAAACUCAGCGCUCAACUCAACUACUCCACUUUUAUACACUAAACAAACACUCUUCUCUUUUAUCUUCUGUUUGAAUGGUUACUUCCACUUAGACUUUCGCGCACCCAACAACGUUAAUGUUAAUUAUAUAAAGCAGAAACUCUCUUCAAUGGUUCAGAAGGAAAACUAUCGUUAUCAUUGCUACCGCAUUCCUUCGCAAGAGUGACUUCAGGUGAUUUCUUGAUGGAUGGUUCGAGUGAGUCUAGACCCGAAGCGACAGCAGUGAGCCCAAGGUCUCCACCAGGAAUCCUGGAUUUGUAUGGGAAGCGGACACAGAUGUUUAAGGUUCACGCUUUGGAGAGAGAGAUUGGUUUGCUUCAGGAAGAAUUAAAAUCGGUUGAAGGCCUUCAACCUGCUUCUAGAUACUGCAAAGAGGUUGAUGACUUUGUUGGGGCUAAACAUGAUCCUUUAGUAACUAAAACUCAGAAUAUCCACAAAGCCCAUCACUGCUGGAAGAACUUGUGGGAAAGGAGUUGUAGUUUCUCUUCUGUCUGCUGCUGUUUUAGUUGCACGUUUCACUUAAAGAUGCCAAGCUUUUCCGCUUGCUGUAUGUCAUGUAAGUCUGAAAGCCUUCAGUGUAGCUGCUUGGAGAAUACUACUUGUCUGAAAUGUUACAAAUGUGAGGGACAUUCAUGCUCAGCUUGCGCUUGCUGCUGUUAUGGGCCAUUUUUCCAUAAAUUUAAAAUGGUAAAUUUUUGCUGUGGUUGUACAAAAGCCUGUUAUAGCUCUUGUUGUCAAUAACCAUCAGCACAUAUCUUUAUUUUUACUGCAACCUUUUGGUUAUCUCAUCAUAAUUUACUGUUCAGUUAGCACCAUCCAAGCUAAGUUUAAUGAGGAAAUUUUCUUAUAAAACUUUGAUCAAAUACAUUGACAAAGACAAGA